AAAAAAAAGUGGAAAAUCAGAUCGGUCAGGAAUUCGAUGCCUUGGUCGGUCGUUACGUAUCACGUCAGUCAAUCGGAAGCCACGACGAUGGAAAGGUGCCUCUAGGAAAGAGGCCCACCGGUUCUGAGAGUUUUACUCGAGUUUCGUUUUGUGUGUUGAGGAAUACAAACUCACCUUUUCGUUGCCGAAGUCAACGACGAUUGCGUUAAUGAUCCUAAAGCUGAUGGCCCACAAGCGAAAUCAUUGCCAGACCAUCAAUUGCGCUGAUGAGGGAUUUUAUCAGCUCGGCAAGCGUUUCGCGCGAUAAGAAGCGCGCCCGAUUGGUACCUCGCUGUUGUAUAGAAGAUAUUGAUUUAUAGCGGUUUUCUUAUUGACCAGUCAGUGCUAUCGCGCAAGUGGUAGAACAAUGAUAUGAGUCGCGCAUGAAGAUACGAAGAACCCGAAAUCGAUUCAAGUAUCGAAGAAAAGUGUUGGUGUAGCCGCGGGGAUACGGGAUUUCCGAUAAGUGCGUUUGAUCGACAGUAUACAGCGAAAAGUUAAUUGGAAAGGAAGUCUUCUACGUUAGUGAAUACGACGCGUGACGGCACCAUGCAGCACCUUUCGCUGCUGACGGCCGGCUUGAGCUACAUUCCGGCCGGGCUCACGUUCGGCUAUCUGCUGAUGUUGCCCGUCCCCGGCCAUGUAGCCUUCACCAGCAUUUACAGCGAAACCAUGUACUGGCCGUUCAUCGUUGCCAUCAUCACGCUGCUGAUUUCGGUGGCUAUUACCAACGGCCUUAAACUCAACUACCGGAAGUGCCAGUUCGUGCACCUAUACGUGAUGCUGGGCGCAUCCGUUCUAUACCUGACUUCGGGACUGCUGUUUUUACUAAUUGAAGACGCCAUCCCCGCCAUCUACCUCGGGGCGUGUGGCCUCGGUUUGACGCUGAUUCCGGGCCUCAGUUUUUGCCACAUCCGUGCCCCUGGACGCUGGCGUGCGCUCUACAUGGGCUCGUGCUACUUCUGGUUCCUGGCGGGAAUCGGUGCCACCUCGACAAUCUUCCUGAACGAUAGUUCCGUGUGGUUUCCCAGCUUAACCACGGUGAACGAAACGAUACACACAAACUUUUCGAUUUGCUUGAUGACGGUGGCCAUUUUCACGGUCAUGUUGGUAGCGAUCAUUGAGAUGUUACAGCGGGAGGGCAUCGUCGACUACAAGAAACCGUUGGACUUCGACACGGAUAUUGCCCACGAAAGUGGGAAGCUGAUGGGACGAAACGAGGGACGGAAUCUGUAUAAUAAUUUCACGACUCAACCGGUGCAGGCGAAUGGAACAGGUUCGAAGCAGUGGAACUCUUCGACGGAGCAGAUCAUUAUGGGCGGAGCCGCGACUGGAAAGAAUUUCCACAAUCUGUGGAUGUUUUACAUGAUCUUCACUAAGUUACAGGGGUUCAUAGCUUUCUAUUGGAUAUUCGUGUCGUACACGAUAGCUUAUAAUACAGUUAUGUUUGAUGUCAGUUAUGGCUAUUCUACCUUUUGGUUUAUGACAGCGGGAUCUUUGUUGGGUAUUCUUGCGAUGAUAGUAUUGAGUCCCAAGAUAGUGUUUGUUGGUGCAUCCGUCCUCCAUACAGUUGGACUAAUUUUGGCAAUAGCUUUCUAUUCAACGGAUUCCGGGACAACACACGUAGGUGCAUCGCUUUUGGUGUUUUACAUAUUUAUUGGAGCAUCGCUGGUCAUACCAGCGAUCAAUAUUUUGGAAGUGUCCUCUUUGAACUUCAACGAGUCUUUUCUGGCUAUCGGAUCCAUUUUGGAGUUGAUUGGAAUCGCAUUGUUGCAGUACUUUGCGGUCACUGAUGAAAGGCUAUUUGGGCUUGACUCGGCUUCCAUCAUAGCCGAUGACCAUAAAGAAGUCAUUGCGGCACAUUUUAUUUCAAUGAUCGUACUCAGCGUGCUUCUGCAAGUUAUCGUUCUUUGGCACAUGCCCAAUACCUACAAACUAUCACUGGCCGAAAUCAAGUCUGACAUGAGUAGAAUGACAUCAUACUUCGCAUUCAGAAGAAUGAUGGUUCCAAUAACUCAACAUACAGGAACGACCCGAACGUUUGCCGAGAGUGUGACCUCAGAACAGCCGGAUCACGAUGAAAAUCAGUUGAGCACAAGAAAUGGUCAUUUGGCCACACGGUACAAUGAGCAAAGUAAUGACAAUACUGACAGGCAGAGUCCAUAUAACGAUUUCUCUGAACCCAGAUACAACCGGCAAACCAUGAUGGUUAAUCGCGCUCAAUCCCCUGUGAUUGAACAAGAAGACCCAUAUCUACAAGAGCAGCUCCAGCGUCAACACGAACGCAAUUACUUACAUUCGAGACAGCAACAUUAUCAAUACCAACCACGCGAGUCAGAGUCCCAGCAAUACAGUUAUCGUCCCGAAAGACAUUCCGACUACCGGCAAUCUCGCUACAUGCCCGAACCAGACGACUAUCCACAAGAACGAAUCAGCGACAACCAGCAAUCCCGAUAUAACCCGCCACUCCUGUCCCGUCACCAGUAUUACGAAGAGUACAGCCAGGCCCGCAGCCAGCAAGCCCCUACACCGCAACCGAAACCGCUCCCACUCCGGCAACCUUCCAGCACGCCAUCCGACAGUCAAUCCCCGGUACCGAGUCUGAUCCGUCGAUCGGCCAACCCCUCGGCCACGGUAAAAUCCGAACCCGGCUACGUCGCCCGACCUCGGCUUGUCACGCAGAAAAGUGAAGCCGCCCCUGCCCCACCACCACUACCGCCAGCGGAUUACCUCACCAAGUCCCUGCCGCGGAUCAAACCGGACCGGCAGCAAUCCCGGGAAAGUAUCCACCCGGUGCUGAUACCGAAACCAUCCAAGCAGGAAGAGGAGAUCGUGCCCGGGGUGGAGUACUCGCACAAUCUAAGGCCGUCCGAGUUCCUGCGGCAGACGCGGCAGUCGGAGCUGAUCCGCGCGUCGCAGGUUUUGUCGUAGGGUAUCGAAGUCGAAGCGAUUAGGGUAAGGGCAAUUUUACGUAUAAAUAAUAUGAUUAAAAUAG